AAACUGGUGAUGGGCAUAUGGUUCUGGGAUGAUGCGCCCCACACGCGUUCCUGAGCCAGCUUCCCCUUCCCCAGCUUCUCUCUUCACAUGUCCUUUACCCAAGGAUUCUGGAGCUGGUGGGUAGUGUCCCUGGGGAAAGCUGAGACCUGAGAGCAGACUAUCCCGCAGCAGGUCAGAGAACGAUAGGUAGGACAGGCUAACAAAUCCAGCCUGAUCGUCUGAGAGGAGGCCGAAGGAUUUAGACCCGACGCGUGUGGACCAGAUUUAGGUCGGGCCAUAGCUGAGCAAGGGGCACUGUGAUACGCCACGAAGCAUUCCCGGCUGCUGGAGUCAGACUGAAAGGAACCCUUGCUCCGGACGGGAGACAGAAGGACUCUUAGGACUCUUAGGUUGAAGCUGAGUGCUUGGGGGAAAAAGAUCAAACAAAGUAAAAAGAAAUACGGAGGAGCCAGCAGCCUACAGACCACGUUUGAUAGUCUAAGUGUGGAAUGAAAGUCAGACAGACAAUUUCAGGGCGUGGGAAGCAUAGUGGGGCCAAGGAUGGGGUGCUCCUGGGGCGUGGGAAGCAUAGAAGGGUUGUCCUCUCGGGAAGAGACUCAGACGGAAGGGGAUCGAACCCUUCUCACCGCCCCUUCCUCCUCUCUAGCAGCUCGUAGUCCGGCUCCAAGUGAGGGAGGAAGGUCGGGUCUUGCCCCCAUUACAAUGGAAAAGUAUAAGAUUGUACAAACACUGAAGCAAGGUGCCUUGGGGAAGAAUGUAGUGGUGAUAGAAAAACACAAACAGCAAACUACUAAACCUGGAAGACUCUUGAUAAAAAAGGUAUCUUGUAUUGAUGAACAACAUGCAAAUGAUGCCCUUGAGGAGAUGAUGCCAUUGCUGAAACUUCAGCACUUGAACAUCUCUACCUACAAAGAACUCUUUAUCACCUGGAGUAAUCAGACUUCAUCUCUGUUUCUUUGCCUGGUGAUGAGGUACUCAAAGAAAGGAAGCUUAAAUGAUCUGAUCGAGACACAUAGAGACCUGAAGAAGAAAGUGGACCUUUUGUUAAUGCAAAAAUUCUUGGGGCAAGUAUUUGAUGCAGUGGAGUAUUUACAUCGGAUGAAUGUGAUUCACAGAAAUAUCAAACCGUCUAACAUCAUAAUAAUAGAUGAAAGCUACUGCAUGCUUGAGGAUUUGAGUGUGGAAACACUGAUGCUUGAUGAGGCAAAGUGGAAUAUCCGAGCCAUAGAAGAUCCAAUGCACAAGUCCUGGAUGGCUCCUGAAGCUCUUGAGUUCAUAUUCAGCUUUAAAUCAGACAUCUGGUCUCUUGGCUGCAUUAUCCUGGACAUGGCCACUUGUUCUUUUAUGAAUAAACAGGAGGCCUUGGCUCUGCGAGUAGCAAUUCGCAGCAAUUAUAAAAGGCUACAAAAAACAAUGGAGAAAAUUCGGAAGCGUGACAUAGAAAAAGCUAAUGAUAUUAGUGAUGUUUUGAUAGCAAUGCUCCAUAUUAAGGCAGAAGACAGAAUUUCAACAAAGGCUCUAAUGAAUUUGCCCUUCGUGAAAGAUUGUUUGUUGGCUUCUGGCAAACCUGUGGUUAUAAUAAAGCAACCAUUGCCUACAACUGUCACUGAAACCCUGUUGCAAGGAGGACUCCCAAGUGUAUUAGAGGUCAUGAAUUGCUUCUUGGACAGACCUGAGGUGCAAAUCAAAGCAUUAGAACAACUUUUGGCUUUAGUUGAUCAAGAAAAAGAUCUGCCAUGGCUUUUGGAUAUGGUGGAAUCAGUGACCAGCAUUAUUUUGAGCCACCAAAAUAUCCUUGACAUCCAGAUGUGUGCGUGCAAGUUGCUGCACAAAAUUCUGAGCAAAGCCUUCAUAAACCAUCCAGAUAACGUGCCAGGUGAAAAAUAUGUUGCUGAUGCCCUGCUUUCCAUCUUGAGAAACUACCCAACAGACGAAGAGCUGCUCUCCAUGGUCUGCCAAAUGCUGAUGAUUAUUUCGACCAAUGAAGAUUCGAUGGAGCACCUCCAGAAUAUUGAUACAUUUAAUGACAUCAAUCAAUGCCUGAAUAAUUUCUUACAUAACAAGGAGAUCUCCUUAUCUUGUUUGGGUCUUCUCUGGAGUCUCACAGUGAAUGCUGCCCUCCCAGACAAGACAUCCCUAAAGGAGGCUGUAAAACUUAUUUUGAAGACCUUGGACAUCUACCUCAGUGAUGGAGACAGAGCAGAAUCUGCCUGCUCUGCCCUCUGGGUGCUAUCCUUGCAAGGCUGCAUAGAAGGUGCUGAAUUUGAACAUGUAACACUUCUAUUGCUGAAAUGUAUCAAGCUACAUAUGCAAAGAGCUAUCUUGGUGAACAAUGCCUACCAGGGGCUGGCCAGCCUGGUACGGACAUCAGAGCUGGCAGCCUUUCGGAUUGUGGUAACCGAUGACAACAGUCCUGGAAUAUCCUUAAUCAAAGAAACCUACCAGGAACACAGGGAUGACCCAGAGGUAGUGGAGAAUAUGUGCAUGCUGCUAUCAGAGCUUGUUUUAUAUGAUGAAAUUGUGCCAGAGUUGUUGUCUAACAGCAUAUAUGAAAUGCUCCUGGAAAUUGAAGCAAGGUUUACAUCAAGUGAGGAGCUCCUAAAGCUUGCGACCAAAGCAAUUAAGAAAAUGAAUGAAUUUCUUCCUAAAAUCACACCAGAAAAGACUUAGGAAUGAAGAAAUGCAAAAUACCAUCAAAGAAAAUAUUUGUCCAAUCAUGAGAUAUCAUAUUUGUGCCAUUUCAACAAGAUCCUGCUUUUUAUCACCACGUAGUCAGCCAGUGAAAGUGCGGCUUUUUCUUAAUUAUGAAGAUUUUUAGAAGAACUCUUAGCUCUAAAAGCAGUCUAUGCCUCUAAUAAGUAUUCACAGACACAUAAUAAAGGGAAAUAAUCAA